AUGAAAAGUGAUGUAUCAAAAACAGAGGAGACUGAUUCAAAAAUAGCGAAUUCCAAAAAGCGUAACAUAGAAAAAAUCACCUCUCCAACAAAAAUACCGAAAACAGAACUUGAUUCAUUAAAUCAACAUGAAAAAGACAACUCAACAGAAAAUAAAAAUGAUUAUCUAAAUGAUAUAAGAAUAACUCAACACGAUGAGAACAUGCAAAAUAUAAUAGAAAAGAAUGAAGACAGUGGUAAUAUAAUAAUAAGUGAUAAAAAUAAAAUGAAAAAGAAAAAAAAUGGAAAAGACAGGAAAAAUAGUUUUGCUGAGGAGAUAAAAAAAACAAUUCAAAAGAAAAGCAAUGUAAAGGAUAAAAAUAGAAAGAAAGAACUCAAAAAGAACAAAAAGGUAACGAGUGAUGAAAAUGUGAGGAAUGAAGAGGAGGAGAAUGAAGAGGAGAAGGAUGAAGAGGAGGAAGAUGAAGAGGAUGAAGAUGAAGAGGAGGAGGAUGAAGAUGAAGAGGAUGAAGAUGAAGAGGAUGAAGAUGAAGAGGAGGAAUAUGAAGAGGAUGAAGAUGAAGAGGAGGAUAAUGAAGAUGAAGAGGAGGAGGAUGAAGAUGAAGAUGAAGAUGAAGAGGAUGAAGAUGAAGAUGAGGAAGAAAAUGAUGAUGAAGAAGAAAAUGACGAUGAAGAAGAAAAUGAAGAUGAAGAAGAAAAUGAAGAUGAAGAAGAAAAUGAAGAUGAAGAAGAAAAUGAUGAUAAUGAAGAUGUUAAUGAAAUUAAUAUUGAAAAAAAUAAAAAAUCAGCUCGUAAAUCUGUGCAUUUAAAAGAAACACCAAACGAUGAAAAUGAUGAUGAAGAAGAAAAUGAUGAUGAAGAAGAAAAUGAUGAUGAAGAAGAAAAUGACGACGACGAAGAUAAUGACGAUGAAGAAGAAAAUGAUGAUGAAGAAGGAAAUGAUGAUGAGGAAGAAAAUGAUGAUAAUGAAGAAAAUGAUGAUAAUGAAGAAAAUGAUGAUAAUGAAGAAAAUGAUGAUAAUGAAGAUGUUAAUGAAAUUAAUAUUGAAAAAAAUAAAAAAUCAGCUCGUAAAUCUGUGCAUUUAAAAGAAACCCCAAACGAUGAAAAUGAUGAAGAAAAUUUAGAUGAAGACGAAAAUGUGGAUAAAGAAGAAAGUGAUGAAAAUAAAAGUGAAAAGAGCGAUAACGAAAGUGUUGCAAGUGAAGCAAGCGAUAUAAAAAAAAACGAUCGUCUAUUCGCUUCUAUGAAUGAUUAUAAUUCACCCAAUAAAUUAUUCAGUGAACAAAUGGGUAAGCUGAAUAUUUUUGGAAACGUUAGUAUUGAUAUAGAGAAAUUAAGAAAAAGUUUGAAUAAAAAUAAAGGAAAAGUUGAUGAAAAGAAGGAAGUGAAAAUGACUGAAACGGAGAAUGCUUUUGAAAAUGAAGAGAUAUUAUAUUCUGAGAAUAGCAUAAAAAUAAGCAAGUUUAUAAAAAAGAAUGAAAAGUAUGACUGGUCAGGUUAUUUACCCGUGAAAAUUCAAAUAAUGAAAAAUACAGAAAAUAAAAAAUUUAGAAUUUUAUGUUUUCAAAAAGGUAGUGGUAGAUUGUUUUUAAAUACGGAUAUUUUUGAUGGAUUCAAAAUUAUACCAUCCAAAAAUUUGUCGGCAUUAUUUUCUGGAAGAGAUAUAUGUGAUGAGAAAAAACUCAACCAGUAUAUAGUCACCUUUAUAAGCAGUAGCUCAAGGGAUGAAUUUGUUAAUAAAAUUAAAAAUAUUACAAAGAAGGAUGAAAAUUAA